GUAAGUUUGAAAAUGCAAGCAAUUCAAAAGGGCUUGACAUCGCUCAAGGUUCAUCGGUCGUUUAACGUUUGGAGAGUUCAGACAGACAUACAAGUUCGGUGCUUACAAACGGGAACGCGAGAUUACAGGCCUCUGUCCCGUCGAUCGUCAGCAUUCCCGACGAACGACUUUGAUCACCUAUUUGGUCAAACAAGCGUACUUAUGGCGCUACAGAACAAAAAAAGACGUCCAAAAAAGCUAUUUAUACAAAGGAGGACAAGUGAAAGCCAGUUUACUACUAAGAGGAAGGACGACGUGCUUUUGGAAGAGAUCCUUAAACUAGCAGGUACAAUGGAUAUACCCAUCAUCCGAACGGAUAAAGGGGAGCUGAACAAUUUAACACAGAACAGGCCACAUCAGGGUAUCGUACUGCAAGCUACACAUCUCGAUACUAUAUCACUUCAGACACUACCUUCAACAGAUGAUGAUAGAUCAGAGUCCUCUCCGUUAUGGCUCGCCCUUGAUGAGAUUCAGGAUCCACAGAACUUGGGAUCGAUUUUAAGGACGGCAUAUUUUUUUGCAGUUGACGGCGUUGUGAUUUGCACUAAGAACAGUGCACCAUUGAGUAAUAUUGUAUCGAGAGUCAGCGCUGGUGCAUUGGAGUGCAUGGACAUACACUCUACAAAGCAACUUCCCAAGUUCCUUCAAGCAUCAAAACAGAAUGGUUGGACUAUCAUCGGAGCGGAAGGGCAAGAUGCACAGUCCGGCUUUGGACAGGAAAAAUAUCAAAACUUGAAAACUAUGAUCCAUGCUGAAAAUGCGUCCAUGCUCAAAAAGCCUCGAGUCCUUGUUCUAGGCAACGAAGGAAUUGGCCUUCGCAAAAAUGUUCAGACCAGCUGUGAUUAUUUCUUAGGCAUUGAUCGACUUCAGCAGGAUAGUCGUAUCGGUGCCGUGGACAGCUUGAACGUUGGUGUUGCAGCUGGCAUUCUUAUUUCGCACUUGAAAAGCGGCAAAUGAGGCAUGUAAUAUAGAAUCCACAAUGGAUGUAAACUAAGAAUAAAAAACAUGGAAAAAAUGGUCCUCUGGGUCAUAGUUAACGUAUAUGGAUA